AUGUCACUACAUAAUUUCUUUGCCGCAGUCUGGUUCGCAUCAAGUACUGCAGCGGCAGUGUUCCAUGGUCGUGGUAGCGCGAAUUAUAGUGGUGAGAUCGAUCCUCUAUCUUUGGUUGCUCCUUCUACAGAUCUACCAGCAGUAGCAUCAUCUUCAAGAGGCCCAUACCUGGCUGGUGCUCAGAGCAGCGCGUCCGACGAAUAUGGUUACGCGCACCCAACUGGAGCGCGAUCGAGUGGAUCGGCAAUUUCAAUCAACUCGAACACUACACAACCAGUAUACAAUGCGUCAAUCAAGCCCAUAUCGCCCGACUCCGGUUCCUGGACCGAUGCCACACUACUGGAGCCAACUCGUAACUCAAACGCAUCAUGCACCAUCAACAUCCCCAGUGCAAGUAUCGAUUACUGGUACCCGGCCACAUACUCGCAUCCGGUCGGUACGAUAACCUCACAAUAUGCAAAUUUCUCGGAAGCGAUUUCUUAUACAUUAAUACCGGCGACUAAGACUUUCGACGUUGCCAGUGCUCUUGUCUCUGACUUUGCCUGCACAAUGGCUUACUCUCCGUUACCGGGGACGGACUGGACAUACACGUUCUGUCUGAAAUACAGCGAAAAGCCCACAGCGGCCUCGACAUCACUCGUAUAUAGAACAGCGGCCGCGCCGUUCCCUCCUGGCGGCGUCAUUCCCAUGUCAGAUGUUGGCUCAUAUGACAUCUAUGUCGACAUGCCUUUAGCGACACGCACCGUUACCAUUGCGCCUAAUAGUACCGUUGAACAAGUUUCGGCGACCCCGUUUGUUUACUUCACUGCAUACGAAAUUGAGCAUGCAAGCUCCACAGAAACCGUCAAAUUACCAUCUGCUCACGUGUAUCCGUACUGGGUAAAAGACGUUCAGCAUGAAGCUUCAGCAUCAGGAUCCCUUCCAGAGGGAUUUAUGCAGCAGAUCACUCAAACAGACUGUGACUCCGGACAGCUUCUGGCCACUGUAGAGGUUUUGAUUGUCGUAGACCUGUACUAUGUAAAUCUCCCCAAUUGGAAUCCAAAUCUGAUUCAAUUUGAGUCGACAGCCAUUGGCUGGGAUGAUCCGCCGGUCAACUUCAACAUCAACAACGACGGUACAACAGAGGGGAUGCCCUUGACCAUUGAUGAUUGGAAUCUUCCUGGCGAUGUAGCCCAGCCAACACCACAUCCCAACAAUCGUCCCAGUGCGGACUCUGUUCAAGCAACAGCAGCCAGUAAUGUCAACACCAACCAACGUGGUCCUAAUGGUAACGAUGCGCAAAACCAGAAUGUACCUCAGCCAACUAAGGUUAUUGUGGGCAGCGUUGGGUCUUUACCGGUAGUCAUCGAACCGUCAUCUGUGAUAGUCAUCGGCUCGCAAACACUGCAACCAGGAGGACCAGCAGUCGUUGUAGGAGGUGUAACUCCCAUCUCACUAGUCCCUUCCGCUACAGCUAUCAUAGUGGGCGGUUCAACCACUUUACUGCUACCGCAAGUGUUCGACAAUCCUCCACCACGACCUCCGCCAGUGCUGACGAUAGGGUCCUCAACAUUGACAGCCAAUGCUGCCACCCAAUUCCUCGUUGCACCGGGCCAAACUCUAACACCAGGCGGCACGGCGACUGUUGAUGGUGUAGUAGUCAGCUUGGCUCCCUCUGCAUCGUUUGUGGUCGUCGGUGGUUCAACCCAAUUCUUCCCAGUCGCAGGCCCCGAAUGGACAAAUGUCGCUACACAGCGACCUGAUAUAGUCAUCGGCGGAACUACCAUCGUCGCUUUACCCUCGGCGAAUAUCCCGGUCGGGGACCAGAACAAUGCCAAACCUGGGCCCAGUUUUGUCGUUGAGGGACAGACGCUUGCACCCGGAGGCGAAGCCAUUACUGUCUCAGGCACUACCAUAUCUCUUCUAUCCGGAGGUUCUUCAAUUGUAAUUGAUGGCGUAACUUCAGCAGUCGAAAAUCCUCCAGUAUCGAAUGCCCAGCCCAGCAUUGUCAUUGGCAAUAGCGUCUUCUCUCAAAUCUCGGGAUCUGGGAGUGCAUUUGUCAUUGCUGGCCAGACACUGGUUCCGGGAGGAGAGCCAAUUACGGUUUCUGGCACAGUCAUUUCCCUGGCACCUUCAGCAUCGUUUGUGGUAGUAAACGGAGUGACUUCCACAUUGGCCAAUAUCGCGGCUGCUCAAGACACUGCUGCUCCGCUGAUUACCAUCGGCAAUAGUGUUUUCAAGCCGCUCCCUGGCACAGGAAUAACUUACCUCAUUGGCUCCUCCACCCUUACGGCCGGGCGGUAUUAUCACGGUCGCUGGCACCACCAUUUCUCUGGCCCCUGGCGCAACAGCAAUUGUUGUCAACGGGCAGACGAGUUUCCUCACCCCCGGUACCCAGAAUACACUCACCAAUGCGCCUUUACUCACCGUUGGUUCGCAGACAUAUACCGCCGUAUCUGGGACUACAUAUGUGGUCGAUGGGCAAACGCUUACUCCAGGCGGCACGAUUGUCCUCGGGUCGUAGCACAACCACCGCACUCUUCCCAGCAACCACAACGCCUAGUCAAAGGAUGA